AGGGCUGGGCCUGAGGGGCGGAGCCCAAGCCCGGAGGUUUUUCGCGCUGUUUCCGCGCCAGGUGGCGGCUGCUACCUUUUCGGUUCGCGACGAUCCUGUAGAGCACUGUUCGUCUCCCGGUCUCAGGGAGCCCGCUCCCCUGAAAUCUGCAAAAUGGCUGAUAAUUUGGAUGAAUUUAUCGAAGAGCGAAAAACCAAAUUGGCCAAAGACAAAGCAGAGUUGGAAAGUGAUCCACCUUACAUGGAAAUGAAGGACAAGUUGUCAGAGAAGCUUUCUGAAAACAGUAAGAUACUGAUCUCUAUGGCUAAAGAAAACAUACCACCAAAUAGUCAACAGACCAGGGGUUCCUUAGGAAUUGAUUAUGGAUUAAGUUUACCACUUGGGGACGACUAUGAACGGAAGAAACAUAAAUUAAAAGAAGAAUUGCGGCAAGAUUACAGACGUUAUCUUACUCAGGGCAUUACACAAGGGAAAAGAAAGACAAAUUUUCUAUCUACGAGUGAAACAGAUCCAUCUACUUUGGGAGUUUCUCUUCCUAUUGGUGAGAGGUUAUCUGCUAAGGAAAGGUUGAAACUUGAACGUAACAAAGAAUACAAUCAGUUUCUCAGGGGUAAGGAAGAAUCCAGUGAAAAGUUCAGGCAGGUGGAAAAGAGUACUGAGCCCAAGAGUCAAAGAAAUAAAAAACCUAUUGGUCAAGUUAAGCCUGAUUUAACUUCACAAAAACAUACAUCUUGCGAAAAUUCAGAGGGUCCUAGAAAAGAUGUCUUAACUCCUUCAGAGGCAUAUGAAGAACUUCUGAACCAAAGACGACUAGAUGAUGAACUCGAAGUAAGGAAUAGAAGAAUUAUUAAAAAAGCAAAUGAAGAAGUAGGCAUUUCCAACCUAAAACAUCAGAGGUUUGCAAGCAAGGCUGGCAUUCCAGAUAGAAGAUUUCACAAAUUUAAUGAGGAUCGUGUUUUUGAUAGACGGUAUCAUAGACCAGGCCAAGAUCCUGAAGUAAGUGAAGAAAUGGAUGAGAGGUUUAGAUAUGAAAGUGAUUUUGAUAGAAGACUUUUGAGAGUGUAUACAAAUGACAGGAUGUACAGGAAUAGACGAGGGAAUGUGCCUCCUAUGGAACAUGAUGGGGAUGUUAUAGAACAGUCAAACAUAAGAAUUUCAUCUGCUGAAAAUAAAAGUGCUUCAGACAAUGAACCAUCCAAAUCUGCUAAUCAAGAUACUUGUAGUCCUUUUGCAGGGAUGCUCUUUGGAGGUGAAGAUCGAGAACUUAUUCAGAGAAGGAAAGAGAAAUACAGACUAGAACUGUUGGAACAAAUGGCUGAGCAACAGAGGAACAAGAGACGAGAAAAAGAUUUAGAACUCAGGGUUGCAGCGUCUGGAGCACAAGACCCUGAGAAAUCGCCUGAUAGACUAAAGCAGUUUAGUGUGGCACCAAGACACUUUGAAGAGAUGAUACCACCUGAAAGACCCAGAAUAGCUUUCCAGACACCUCUCCCUCCUUUAUCUGCCCCAUCUGUCCCACCCAUCCCAUCAGUUCAUUCCGUUCCUUCUCAAAAUGAAGAUUUGCGCAGUGGACUCAACAGCGCCUUUGGUGAAAUGGUGUCUCCCAGGAUUGCACCUCUGCCUCCACCUCCCCUACUACCACCUUUGGCUACUAACUAUCGAACUCCUUAUGAUGAUGCAUACUAUUUUUAUGGGGCCAGGAAUACUUUGGAUCCCAGUCUUGCUUAUUAUGGUUCAGGAAUGAUGGGCAUACAGCCUGCAGCUUAUGUUAGUGCUCCUGUCACCCACCAACUAGCGCAACCUGCUGUGAAUACGGUCGGACAGAAUGAACUGAAGAUUACAAGUGAUCAAGUGAUAAAUUCAGGAUUGAUUUUUGAAGAUAAACCGAAACCUUCCAAACAGUCACUUCAGUCUUACCAAGAGGCUUUGCAGCAGCAGAUUCGGGAAAGAGAAGAAAGAAGGAAGAAAGAACGUGAAGAAAAAGAAGAAUAUGAAGCUAAAUUAGAAGCUGAAAUGAGAACAUAUAAUCCCUGGGGAAAAGGUGGAGGUGGUGCUCCUCUCAGGGAUACAAAAGGAAAUCUGAUAACCGAUUUGAAUAGGAUGCACAGACAAAAUAUAGAUGCCUACCAUAACCCAGAUGCAAGAACAUAUGAAGAUAAAAGGGCUGUUGUAUCUCUAGACCCAAAUUUAGCCACUUCAAAUGCUGAGAACCUAGAAGAUGCUGCAAAUAAAAGCUCAGGUCAUAUGCAAACACAGAGCUCUCCUUUUGCUCGGGGAAAUGUAUUUGGUGAGCCUCCAACUGAACUUCAGAUUAGACAGCAAGAAUUAUACAAGAAUUUUCUUCGUUUUCAGAUUGAGGAAAAGAAACAAAGAGAGGAAGCAGAGCGAGAGAGACUGAGAAUUGCCGAAGAAAAAGAAGAAAGACGGCUUGCAGAACAGAGGGCACGAAUUCAGCAGGAGUAUGAAGAGGAACAGGAAAAGAAAAGGGAGAAAGAGGAGGAGCAAAGGCUAAAAAAUGAAGAGCAUAUUCGGUUAGCUGAAGAAAGACAAAAAGAAGCAGAAAGAAAGAAGAAAGAAGAAGAAGAAAAAUAUAACCUGCAACUUCAGCACUACUAUGAAAGAGAUAAUUUGACUGGGGAAGAAACAAAGCGCUUGAGACAGCCUUCUCCUAUAGUUCCUGCCCUUCAGAACAAAAUUGCAAGCAAACCCCAAAGACCUCCUUCAGUUGACAGCAUCAUACGUUCCUUUAUUCAUGAAAGUUCCAUGUCCAGGGCACAGUCACCCCCGGUACCUGCCAGGAAAAAUCAGCUCCGUGCAGAAGAGGAGAAAAAAAAUGUAAUUAUGGAAUUAUCAGAAAUGAGAAAACAACUUCGUAGUGAAGAGAGGCGUCUACAAGAGCGAUUGCUACACAUGGACAGUGAUGAUGAAAUUCCUAUCAGGAAAAGGGAAAGGAAUCCCAUGGAUAUAUUUGAUAUGGCUAGACAUCGGUUGCAAGCUCCUGUCAGAAGACAGUCACCUAAGGGCUUAGACGCUGCCACUUUUCAGAAUAUUCAUGAUUUUAAUGAGCUGAAAGAUAGAGAUUCAGAAACACGAGUUGAUCUGAAAUUUAUGUACCCGGAUCCUCCAAGAGAUCAUCACACCUUAGAGAUUCAGCAGCAAGCCCUGCUAAGAGAGCAGCAGAAGAGGCUGAACAGAAUAAAAAUGCAAGAAGGUGCCAAAGUUGACUUAGAUGCCAUCCCAAGUGCUAAAGUACGAGAGCAAAGAAUGGUGCUUACGGUGAGACAUAUCCUGCCAUUGAAGAUGACGUCCUCCCUCCACCAUCACAGUUGCCCUCUGCACGGGAGCGCAGGAGGAACAAAUGGAAAGGACUAGACAUUGUGUGUAUGAAACUUCUUUUCUUCCCCUUUUCAACUUAGAAGAAUGAGAGGUCUGGGUUCUGACCCAUGCUAAAUCUGUGUGGCCCCAUAAAGAAAGAGCACUUGCUUGAAAUUCAGACAUGGGUCUGAAUCUAGGCUCAGCCUUGACUGGAUGACCUUGGGUAGCUAUUGAAUUCUGCUGCUUUGGCUUCUUCCAGAUAAUAAUAGUAUUUUCUUGUCUCCUGGGGUGGCUGUAAGUAGCUCUGCAUCCCAACCUUCCUCCUUCUCCUGCAGAAUAUAUGGAUUUCAGAGAGGCACAAGAAGGAACUGAUGCCAUUUAUCGAAAAGCCUCAUGAUAACCUAAUUCUGUGAUAUAGGCGUCAUCUUCAUUUCGGUCAAAUGACUUGCCAAGGUCAUAUGGGCAAGAAGGCUGAGAUUCAAACCCAUGUUCUCAUCACUGUGCUCCCCAGCUUUACGGUGUAGCCAGUAAAAAGUAGAGGCUUUGGAGUUUAUGUCCCAACGAUGUCACCUCCUUGUUGGGCAGGCAGCUUGGGCAAUUUCUUAAACUCUAUGUUUCCUUUUAUAUGACAUUAAGAUACAGUUAAUAUGAAGCAUUUAGCACUGAGCCAUGUAUGCAGAGAGCUCUCACCAAGUAACAGAUGCUAUUAGCGUUAUUAUAUGUACAGCAUUACCAGGUGAAAAUAGCUUUGCUUUUUGCCUUAGGCAACCACCAAUCUACUUUGGUUUCUAUAGAUGUGCCUUUUCUGGACAUUUAACAUAAAUGAGAUCAUACAUUCUAUGGUUAUUUGUGACUGGAUUUGUCUGUCUUCUUUUGAAGGUCAUUCAUGUUGUAGCAUGUGCCAGUACUGAUGCCUCUUUAGUGUUGAAUAAUUUUCCACUGUAUUAGUAUCCCACAUUUUGUUUAUCCAUUUAACAAUUAAUAGAUAUUUGGGUUGUGUUCACUUUUUAGCUCUUACGGAUACUAUUAAUGUUCAUGUACAAGUUUUUGACGUUUUUAUUACUCUUGAAUAUAUAUAGCUAGGAGGAAAAUUGUUGGGUUAUAUGGACACUUUGUAUUUAGCAUUUUGAGGAAGUACCAGACUGUUUUCCAAGGUGGCUGUACCAUUUUACUUUCCCAUCAUCAGUGUAUGAAGGUUGUAAUUUCUCUGUAUCCUGGCCAUCACUUAGUGUCUUUGAUUUUAGCCAUUGAGUGUAAAGUAGUGUCAUGGUGGUUUUGAGUUGCAUUUCUCUAAUGACGUUGAACAUCUUUUCAUGUGCUUAUUAGCCAGUUGUAUAUUUUCUUAGGAGGUAUGUCUAUUCAA